GCGUUACGCUAGCGCAGCGGAUCUUUCCAAUUUUCUCACAUUGCGGAUGCUCGCUCGUCCCAAAUCACGGCGAGCUCGGUGAUAAAUCGCUCUUGCGCGCGUGCAAGCCAGUAGUGCGUACGAGUAAGCGACGAAUGUGCCGCGGGCCUCGUUCGAAGAGGGAAUCGUGGAGUAAGGACGUUGGAAUGUACGAUCAAUGAUCGCCGCCGUCGAGUUUGGGCUCGAUCGUAGACGCGAUAAAAACGAGCUCGCUCGCUCGCUCGCUCUCUCUCUCUCUCUCUCUCUCUCUCUCUCUCUCUCUCUCUCUCUCUUUCUCCCUCACAAUCAGGUGAAUUUCGGUAGAUUUAAGCCUGAUCCUCUCCGAAGACGACUAUGGCAGGUGUACGGGUGUCGCUCGUAUAAACGGGAGUCGUGGUCUUCCGCGGGGACGACGAGGAGGCGAGAGGAGAGGAGAAGAGCGCGCGUGGAUCGAGAUAGUCUCGAGGAUCGACGCAUCCAAACAUGCUCCUCGAGGGUUGCGCGGUCCAGGGCUGGACGACUCACUCGCGCGGGAAGGAAGUGUGUGCUGUCGAUACGCGCGACUCGGUGAGCAGCGCGCCGCGAUAAUGGAGUGAUUCAGUAGUCGUGAUAACGCCAACGGUGCACGUGCGCGAAUGCCGACAAAUACAAGGGAGUCUUGUGAAAACGUGCUACGUCAGGUGCUCGCCGCCCGACAGAGGCGAUUUUGCUGAGAAUUUCCAUGGAUCGCAGGCGGCGGCGCGGAGAUUUCGAUUCUGAAGAAUGUAUAUGUAUGACAGCAUCGUCAAAGUUCUGUUGCAAGCUUCAUGUUCCUUUCAAAUAAGCCUCUUUACCUACACUUGGUGAGACUCGUCGAUUACGCCGGCCGCAGGAUCUCACGAACAGAAGGAUGGAGAAGCGAUCGUUGCCCCGUCCAGACUGAAGAUGAACGCCAAUUGUCAGCUGCGUCAGCUAGUCGGGACUUCCGUUACCUAAAGUCACUUUCCUGAAACUCUACCACCGACAGGAGAGACGGUCGACGUGCGGUGACGACGACACCGUCGUCAACUCGCCAUUAGGCGAGCAUGACCGCGGAAACGACGUUUGAUCCGGCCGAGAUUUCCUCGUUCGACGUGACACCGCUGCUGGACGUCACUUCGACCGAGGAGAAUCCUUAUGCCAAUAACACCGAGGUGAACGUAACCGAGGUGGUCAACUGGUCAGACCUGCCCUCGGCGAUCGUCAAGAUCUGCAUCCUCGGCUCGAUCAUCACCACGGCGCUGUUCGGCAAUCUGCUGGUGAUGGUGUCCGUGAUGCGGCACAGAAAACUACGAAUCAUCACCAACUAUUUCGUAGUCUCGCUCGCGCUGGCGGAUAUGCUGGUGGCCAUGUUCGCGAUGACCUUCAACGCCAGCGUCCAGGUGACCGGCAGGUGGCUUUUCGGCUACUUCAUGUGCGACGUUUGGAAUUCCUUAGACGUCUACUUUAGCACCAGCUCGAUACUCCAUCUGAUGUGCAUCUCGGUGGAUAGAUAUUACGCGAUCGUCAAGCCGCUUAGGUAUCCCAUCAACAUGACGAAGCGAGUGGUGGCGUUUAUGCUACUGGCCUGCUGGGUGUCGCCGGCCAUCAUUUCCUUCGUGCCGAUCUUCUGCGGCUGGUACACCACGGAGGAGAACAGCAUGCACAGGAACGAGCACCCGGAACUCUGUGAGUUUAAGGUCAACAGGAUAUACGCUAUACUGUCAUCGAGCAUAUCUUUCUGGAUACCGUGCACCAUCAUGGCGGUCACGUACUUUGCUAUAUUCAAAGAGGCUAACAAGCAGGAGAAGCAGAUGCACAACCGAAUGGGCAACGCCAUGUUGCUCAGCCACAGACCGAGUAAGGAUCUCAAUAAUUUAAAUGGGGAACUCAACAGUGCCGGAUCGUCAAAGACUUUAACCUUAAAUGAGAUCAACACCGAGCAUUUACACACACCCACGAAAGAUAAACAUAUGAUGAAGAUGAAGAGAGAACACAAAGCUGCAAGAACGCUGAGUAUUAUUAUGGGUACCUUCAUCCUUUGCUGGUUACCAUUUUUUCUUUGGUACGUGAUUACAGCGCUUUGCGGCGAGACUUGUCCGUGUCCCGACAUCGUAAUUGCGAUUCUAUUUUGGAUUGGGUACACGAAUUCAGCGUUAAAUCCAUUGAUCUAUGCGUAUUUUAAUCGCGACUUUCGAGAAGCGUUUAAAAAUACCCUGCAGUGCGCUUUCUGUUCGCUCUGUAGACGAGAGCCGUCGGAUCUCGAAGCGCUGGAUUUUCGUCGGCCAUCCCUCAGAUACGACGAUCGCACCAAGAGCAUAUACUCAGAAACAUACAUAAAGCAUAUUGAUCGACGGAGAUCAAAAGCGCUGUGAUCUGGCGAGACCGUUGCGCAUUGCAGCAACUCUAACACACACGCUGCUGAACACACCACAUAUAGCUAAAGCAGUGGUAGGAAGGACGUCAGCGUGGUGCAAAUCCGCCAACUUUUGUAUAACAACCAUUGCAUACAAUGCGCUGGUUUAUUUAAAAAAUAUUUCAAUUAAUAAUCCCUUGGCAAGUAAUCUUUUAAAUGACCUGUUAGCAACUAACAAUCUGUUGUAAAUAUUUACGUAGGUACACGUAUUUGCAUGGGAAUUUUGUGAAAUAGUUAAAAUAAUUGUACGACUAACAAUCCAUACAAACACAAACACACA